AAUACUUAACGUAAUGUAACAAGGAUAGGAAGGGCUACCAUAUUCCGGCCCAAUUUGAUCCUCUUUCCAAUUUUAGGAUUUGUGAGAGAUGAAUUCUCCGACGGCAGUAUUCAUGAAAAAAUUGGUGGAGAAGGAAGGAGAUGAUGAGAAUUUUCAGGCUCAAAAGAAACUUAAGAUCGGAGAUGAUGAAAUCUCCGACGUAAAAGAGUGUCUGGUGCAAGAGAAAGAUAAAUUCGAUGAGGAUAUGAAUGGCACAGGUUCCGAUCCUGAAAUCACGGAUUUCCCUGAGUCCGAUGAGGAUCUUUCCCCGAUAGUAAGUGUUUGUUGUACCUAUGAUUCAGAGGAGGAUUAUUGCCCAGAUUAUCCAAACGGGAAGAUGGAUAAGCCUCUUUGGGACAAGUACUACAAACAGAUCAAGGAGAGCGAGGGAUUUGAUAUCCAAGAUUUUCCUGGACGGUGUUGGAUGACGACCGUCUUUCCCCUACCAUACUAUUUGGAUGAUCCCGAGAAUUAUAACAAAUUGAAGGACUAUGCUUCAAAGGCACUUAAGCUAUACAAUGAUGAUAAUGGCACGUGCUACGAGGUCGAUAAAAUGUUGAAGGUGAAUGGAGGUGGUUGUAGUGAUUUUAUCUAUUAUCUUACCUUUACCGUCAAAAAUGGUGUGGAGGACAUUUUUCAAGCAAAGGUGGUGGAAGAGAUGGAUUUUUCAUUAGAAUUUCCUAUCGUUAGGCCAAAACCUAAGGCUUCAGACUUGUAUUUUAGUUAUUGACAGUUUGUCUAACAUAUUUCAAAUGCUUUGUUUCUAUUUAGUCUUUUUUAUUAGUUAGAUAUCUUUUGUUGUAUCAA